AUGGCUGAAGAAAACAAGCGUCGGAGAUCCGGCGGGGGCCGCGUUUUGGUUUUACUGAAUUUACCCAAACGGGGGGAGGCGGCUUUUCAAGCAAACGAAGCCGGAGCUGGGACUAAAACGGAAGAGGGGGACGCAGCUCUCUGCUCUCGCACCCUUUGGAGCAGGAGGCAGCGGUGCGCGGAGCCCUCCCUGGAUGUGCUGCUGGCCACGCCGGGGGCCCUGUGCAAGGCGCUGCGGAAGCGGAUGGUGACCCUGGAGCAGCUCAGCUGCCUGGUGCUGGAUGAGGCUGACACCCUGCUGGACCCCACGUUUGUGGAGCUGGUGGAGGAGGUGCUGGCGCAUGCUCCCCUGACCUGCAGGCCCCAGGAUUUGGCUGAUCCGUGGGAUGUCAAAACCCAGCUGGUGGUCGUCGGAGCCACCUUCCCUGGAGGCCUGAGCCGGCUGCUGAGCAAGUUUAGUGACAUUGGCCACUUUGUCAGGCUCAUCAGUCAGAGCCUGCAUUGCCUCCUACCCCACAUCCAGCAGAAAUUUGUCCGGAUCAAAGGCAGAGACAAAGUGUCUGAGCUGUUGCAGCUCAUCAAAGUCCGGAACCCUUCCAGUGGAGCCCUUCUGGUCUUCUGUAACAAGGCCCCCACAGUCAACUGGCUCAGCUACAUCCUUGAUAAUCACAAAAUCAAGCACCUGAGACUGCAGGGCCAGAUGCCUGCAGCCAUGAGAGCAGGUAUCUUCUCUGCCUUCCAGAAGGGAGAGAAGGACAUCCUUGUCUGCACUGAUUUAGCUUCCCGAGGACUGGAUACCAGCCGCGUGGAGCUGAUAGUCAACUAUGACUUCCCAGACACCCUGCAGGACUAUCUCCAUCGGGUAGGGCGUGUUGGUCGUGUGGGUAGCCAGAAGCCUGGAUCUGCAAUUAGUUAUGUGACCCAUCUGUGGGAUGUUGACCUGGUGAGGAAGAUAGAGACUGCAGCCCGGAGAAGGACUAGCCUCCCGGGUAUGAAGACCUCCAUUGAUGAGCCUUUGCCUGAAACAGACUCGACUCAGACUGCCAAACAGCAAUGAAUUUUGUGUUUGAAUUAGACUUAGGCUCCUACUAAAGGCUUACUGUUAUAUUUAAUACUGGCAAUCUUAUGUUUGUGACCCAGAAUGUAAAUGUUAUAGCCAAAGAAUUUAAGCUUUUCGUUGCGUCAUGACCCUAAGGUGUAUUGAUUCAUUUCAGUUGUAGCAAUUACUUUACAUUUUUGCAAAAUCAAAUUGUAGUAAUGUGCAACAGGUAGUUAAAAUGCUUUUAGGGAAGGCUUGAAAUUGACUUUCUCAAUUUCAUUGCUUUUGAUCUAUUUGUUCAAAGCUCAUUAAUAUUCAAUUUGAUGUAAAUCAGAUGUAUCUGGAUAAAAAAUAAGUUAGGAUUAUGUAGUCACUAUAAUCCUGAAAAUUAUAUUUCAUUAAUGUUCUAGUAUAGGUGGCUAGCUAUGUUAGCCUGAUGUCAGGCAGAAGGUAGGGCGGGGCAGCACCCUUGAAACUGGUUCAGAGAGGCAUGAGUUUUCACAGUGAUCUGCUGUGUCAGAUGCUAGGAAAGGACUCCCAUUUCUAGCUCACUGUUUCUACCUUGCUUACCUUCUGGCUGCGCUGAUACAAUAUUAGCAACAGCCAGGAACUGAAUAUUAGGUGAAGGUUAAAAUAACAAUUAUUGUGGAAAUAUGUUGCCUCUUCCCUCAAGUGUAUUAAAGGUUAUAUAUAUCUGUUAAAGGUUAUAUAACUAUUGUAAAUUAAGGCUUGUUUAUCUCCAGCACAGGUAGGUGUAGUGGAAGUUUCUGGACCAUAAUCUAACCUUCUAUCUGAACUCUGACGUUGCAGGAAAAAACAUCUUCCUUGGUCUUACAAUGUCACAGUACAAUACAGAUUCAGAAAUUUUUUCCUGGAAAUACACACCAGGUAUUUCAAAAGUGGAGCUAGGACACAAUGGAAAGAAAAUGGAAGGGAAGUGCUGGUUAAGCAGUUUGUACUCCAAGGUUACCUCCCAGUAGUACAUUUGUAGUAUUUUAUAGGUUGAAGAGAGAGGCCUUUCACGCUUUUUUAUGAAAGUUCUUUUGCUUGUUUUUUAUUAUAUAUUCAGGCUUUAAUUGUUGAAAUAUUAGGGUAAGGAGAAUCUCUGGCGAGAAGAAUGUACCUCUCAGAGUGCCAUUCACAAGUAGAUCAAAGCACUGUUUAAAGGGGGGGUCAUAGAUAGUGCAUUAGGCACCCAGAGAUGAAAUAACUUGGCCACAGUCACCAAGUAGGCUAUUGAUGGUUGGAAAUAAGAUGUAAGUUCCAUGAAUCCUGCUCUGGCACACUGAUACUUAACACCUAAAUAAAACUCCUCCUUUGUCAAAAGGGUUGGAGUCAAAACUGUCUCCCUCAAUUUUUUGUGAACCAUUGUAGAUUCUGUGUUCCCUCCUCUUCCCUCCUCCAGGCAGCUGCAGUAAAAGCAUCACGGACUGUGUGUCAGUCUGAGGAGAAGGAGUAGGAGAAUAGGGGAGUGAAAGGUAGUGUUGAGCUCUCCCAUGUCUGCGCUCAAAAAUAAGUUUUAAUGGAUGAGGACAGCUUCACAAUUUUGUCCAAAGUCUGUCUUCUCUGACUCCCCUGCAUUAUGUCAUGGACUGAAAAGGAAAUGCUUUGACCGAAUGCUGCCUAUAGCAGUGUGAGUGGGCAAGUUAUUGCUUUUGAAUGGAAUUGUUUCCUGGUGAGUGGCUUCAUUACUUCCUUGUCUGAUUUUUAAGGAAGUUAAGCCCUAUUUUUGGGUUUUUAGUCAAUCAUCAGUGUUAGAAAACAAAAUUUUGAUUCAUAGCUGAGAUUUAUUACAGAUCCUUUACCACUUAAUCCAUCUUUCUGUGUACCUGCUUAUAUCCCCUCUGUCAACUCAGGGGUGUGGAAAGUGCUAAUAUGGUCAAAAGACUAAUUACUGAAAAGAUCAGAGUGGGAUAUUUCUGUUAUUUUUUUGCAAGGGAAAUUGUGCAUAACUAUAUACUAGUAGUAAUAGACAUGCAAAGGAAAAACACAAGCAAUUACAAUACUACUCUGGUUUCACUAAGUAUUUGGGGAAACUUAGCUCAAGCUUAACUAAUACAGUUCAGGUUCAGAAAUGUAUGCCUAGAGAGAGAGAGCUGGGAUCUCACCGGUCCAAGGUACUCGAGUCUCAAAGCUGACGGGUAAAAUUCCUAACACAGUCCUUGAAACGAAAUGAUCUGUUCUUCCAGCGUUCCAAGAAUGACGGGAUGGUGUCAGCACAGGAGUUUUCUUCUUUCUUGAAGGACCCACACUGUUUACAGAUUUUUAUACCCUCAGUUCAGCUGCU